UGUCAAGUAAACUUAAACUUACUGCUAGCGUACUUAUUUUUUCUACAGUGGUAAAUUGCGAUCACAAAGGAAAAGUGUUCUAGUUCUUUCCCACUAACCAUGGACGAUACAGAUAAACCUGAUCCGAUUUUAAAACAGAUUCCAUUGAUAAAGAAUCCGUCAUAUCAACCACCAAAACCAAUAACCCUAAAUACUAAUUAUAACAAACUAAUACCUUCACUUUCCAAUACUGUGAUACCACCCAAGCUUAACGUUGGUGAAACUGAAAUAAAUGCGUGGCUAAAGGAGAUCUGUGCAAUUGAAUCAAGAUUAAACGAUAACAUAACCAACGAUAAGAAUGUACACCAAUUUCAAGAAUGGUCACAUCAACAAACUAUAAAGGUGGCCCCUGGCUUUGAAUACGCUACGGUGAUGCAACCUCAUAAAGUGGGAACUCCGACUCCUGCAAAGGAAGAGCAGCAGGAAACACCUAUUGAUGACAAUGUUAAUGAAUUAGAUAAAGUAUUCGGCAAAUCUUUGAAUAUAUAGAAUGUGUUAGUUUGCCCCUGGUGCAAACUUUCCUUUUACAUUACUUAAUUUCUUUAGUAAUUCUUGUUUCACUUCUUCAUUCAAUGCUUUUUCCAGAUCAAAUGCUGUUGGUUUGUUUUGCAAUCCUCUUUGGUGAAGUUCUAGCAAGGACGGUUGUGAUUGUGAGCUCGAAUUAGUAGUGGUUGUCUGGGAGACAGUUGUCUUUUUCUCUUCCCGUACAAGAAUGGGCCCGAUAAAGUCAUCCAAGUCAGAAUCUUCGUUAGUCGGGUCCACAACGUCACCUUCACUUCUCUUAUUCUUUUCUCUCUGUCUUUUCUCGCGUAGUUCUUUAGGUAUGGUUGGUCCAAACAUGUUGUUUCAGAAA